UUCGCAAACACACUACAUCAAGACGAGUGAAGAUGGCGGAUGUGUUGAGUGUUCUUCGCCAGUAUAACAUCCAGAAAAAAGAAAUCGUCGCUAAAGGAGAUGAAGUUAUAUUUGGAGAAUUCUCCUGGCCGAAAAAUGUGAAGACCAACUACAUAAUCUGGGGUACCGGUAAAGAGGGGCAGCCCAAAGAAUACUAUACUUUGGACUCUAUCUUGUUCUUGCUCAACAAUGUGCAUCUCCCGCAUCCAUCGUAUGUGCGAAGAGCUGCAACAGAGAACAUCCCUGUUGUCAGACGACCUGAUCGAAAGGGCUUAUUGUCAUAUCUCAAUGGCGAGAGCUCUACAUCGACAAGUAUUGACAGAAGUGCACCUAUAGAAAUAGGUUUGCAAAGGCCAACACAAGUGAAAAGAGCAGCAGAUGAGGUAUCUUCUGAAGCCAAAAAACCCAGAAUUGAGGAUGAAGAGCGAGUACGUCUGGACAAGGAGCGGUUGGCCGCCCGUCUGGAGGGUCACAAAGAAGGCAUCGUACAGACAGACCAGAUCAGAUCCCUGUCUGAGGCCAUGUCAGUGGAGAAAAUUGCUGCCAUCAAGGCCAAGAUUAUGGCCAAGAAGCGUUCCACCAUCAAAACAGAUCUGGACGAUGACAUAACCCUGAAGCAGAGAAGCUUUGUGGACGCAGAGGUGGAUGUCACCAGAGAUAUUGUCAGCAGAGAGCGGGUUUGGAGGACCAGGACAACCAUUUUGCAGAGCACAGGAAAGAACUUUUCCAAGAACAUCUUCGCCAUCCUUCAGUCUGUGAAAGCCAGAGAAGAAGGUCGGGCUCCAGAGCAGAGACCAGCCCAGAACACUACUCAAAUGCAGGAUCCGUCCCUGAGGAACAAGCAGCCGGUCCCAGCUGCCUACAACAGAUACGAUCAGGAGCGAUUCAAGGGAAAAGAGGAAACGGAGGGUUUCAAGAUUGAUACCAUGGGCACCUACCACGGCAUGACCCUGAAGUCAGUGACGGAAGGAGCUUCUGCACGGAAGGCCCAGACCCCAGCACUGCAGCCUGUCCCUCGUCCAGUUUCACAAGCCAGACCUCCACCAAAUCAGAAAAAAGGGUCCCGAACGCCAAUCAUCAUCAUCCCUGCUGCCACCACCUCUCUCAUCACAAUGCUCAAUGCUAAAGACCUUCUGCAGGAUCUGAAGUUUGUCACGUCAGAGGAGAAGAAAAAGCAGGGCAUUCCGCGUGAUAAUGAGGUUCUACUUCAGCGCCGUAAAGAUCAGAUCCAACCUGGUGGUGCCACGCUCAGCGUCACCGUGCCGUAUCGAAUAAUUGACCAGCCCCUUAAACUGGCUCCACAAGACUGGGAUCGAGUCGUGGCUGUGUUUGUGCAGGGUCCUGCCUGGCAGUUCAAAGGCUGGCCCUGGCUGCUGCCUGAUGGAUCUCCUGUUGACAUUUUCGCCAAAAUUCGAGCCUUUCAUUUAAAGUAUGACGAGGCAAAAACAGACCCCAAUGUGCAGAAAUGGGAUGUCACGGUCCUGGAGCUGAGUCGCCACAGGCGCCAUUUGGACCGGCCCGUCUUCUUGCGCUUUUGGGAAACCCUCGACAGAUACAUGGUGAAACACAAAUCCCACCUCAGGUUCUAAAUCCACAUCGUAACGUCCAUCUCCAAAAGUCCCACAUGUGAUUCUUUGAACUUCCGACCCUCCUCGGUCCAACUCUGGCAGAAAUAACCUCUGGCAUCCACACCGGUGACCCGCCUUCCAACACGACCCCCGUUUUAGGAGGAGGCACCCCUCCCCUCUUCCACUUCCGCCAGGACUCCCUGAUGCAAUGUGCUGUUCACUCUGAACAGGGGAAUAUGGGGAUUUUUUUGUGUUUUUGUUGUAAUUGUUUUCUAAUGUUUUGAUGUAAUAAAAAAAUACCAAAAUAUGUUUUAUAUGACAAAGGCAACGUGCUGUGGAAACAAUUUAAAUGAAAUAAUAAGCAACAUCAAACGAUCCGGAGGGGAGCUUUUGUGAAAUCGCCUCAGAACUGUUAAGAAUAAGAAAACCAUAAAAAUAGCUCAGAGUUUCACUUAUCUUUUUCUUUUAGUUUGGGUGUUUGUGGGCAAAAUGUACAUAAGAUAAAAACCUGGCAGCCGGAGUUCUGUUGGAGCAGAGAUGGCGCUGCAGGUAAAUGAUUUGUUGAUGCAUUAGAAAGCUACUCUGGCUCUGUGGAAAACAUCGUCAGUCAAGCAGGCACUUCCUAGGAAGCUCAGUUUUUGACAGAUCAGCACAUCUCUCGGUCAUAAAAUGGCCACAUUAAUGUCUUCUUUUUCUUUGUUGGUGUUGUGGUAGAGGAGAGUUCUGCUUUAAGUCAUCACAUGAAAUAGACAAUAAAACCUCUUAAAGUCA